UCUAGGACAGGAGUAACUUGUAGUUUCUCAGUAUAAAAGACGGUAAAGUUUAUGCAAAAGUAUCAGUUUACUUCUCACUACUGAGUUAACUACAUUCAGUACCAGACAAUUAAAAUGUUUAAGAUUUUCGUGUUGGCUGCUUUGGCUGUUGCCAGCGAGGCUUCUUACGCCGAUUACGACGGGUACGUUAACUCUAAUGUGGGAUACGGAUCGUACUAUGGGCUUGGACAUGGACACGACGACUCUUACGAGACUCUCGUUACACCCGUGGUCUCUAAUGCCCACUUGGGAGUUUACGGACACGGUUACGAGGGGCAUGAUUACGAUGGACACAAUGCUUAUGCCCAUGGAUUAAACCAUCACGACACUUAUGCCCAUGGAUUGAACCAUCACGAUACUUAUGCCCAUGGAUUAAACCAUCACGAUACUUAUGCACCAGCUAAAUACGCUUUCAACUACGGAGUAAACGACCCCCACACCGGAGACGUAAAAAGCCAAGAGGAAGUACGUGAAGGUGACGUAGUCAAAGGAUCUUACAGACUCAAUGAACCUGACGGUACUAUCCGCGUUGUCGAGUACACAGCGGACCCACACAAUGGAUUCAACGCAGUGGUAAAGAAAAUCGGGCAUGCAGUCCAUCCAUCCCCGGUACCGAUCGUUAAAUACGUCGCCCCUGCGUAUCAUCACGGUUACUAGGAUACUGAUUUUAAAUAAUUUAUGUAAUUACACAACUUCGAAUCGACCAUAUGUGUUCACUCAAUUAUACUACACACGAAAAUAAAACUCACUUUCAAAAUUAUCAAUUA